AGAUGCACAUUUUGAUUUUGACAUUUACUUUAUGUAUUAGAAAAUCAAUCUAUCGUUUGCUCCCAAUACAUUAUUACUGUGAAGACUUUUUCUUAUUCUGUACCUGUUGAUAGAGUUGUCUUUAUGGUUUAACCACUUGUGUGUGGAGCCUCUGGGUGUGAGUUUGGGUGGGGAUCGACCAGCCUGUGCGAAUUCUGCUUAAUAGUUUGGGGUCUAGAGAGAUCAAAUGAUCAGCUACCAAUUUUACUUUUUCUGCUUCUUGCCAUGUUUCAUAACACAUCUGUUAGAACCCAAGCAACACUUGGAGUAGCAGAGCAAAAAAAAAAAAAAAAAAAAAAAAAAAACAUACCACAAUUUCUGGGUUUAUUGUAAUGAGAAGGUGGUGGUUUCUCAGUUUGUUGACUAAACAGGCAAACGAGUGCUUUUCAAUUUAUGAUUUCUUUUGAUGGAUUUGAUUUUUAAAAGUUUUCAGCUGACCAUCAUCCCUUCUGAGCAGAAUUCAUAUCUGUUGGUACAUUAAAAAAAAAAAAGUGAUGUCUAACUUUAGGAAAACACCAAGUAUGAACUAAGUGUAUGCUGCACUGGUCUAGAAGCUUCUGAAGAUCUGUCCUGAACCACAGACACCACAGAGGUGUUAAUGACCUAUUGAAAGCUCUGCUCCAGCUUUUGCUGGGAAUGGACUUGGUCAGAGGCUCCACUCAUAAGAAAAAGCUGUGCUGAGACAAAGUUGGUAGUCAGCACAAAUGUUGUGUGAUCCUGGUUGGCACUCUAGUGGCUCAGAAGAGAUUUGAGUUUGUGUGACUGUCUGCUUUCCCGAGAAGUGGACUAGCAAAGUAUGCAGCUUUUGUGGCCAUUGCUUUGGACACAUCCCUGCUUGAUGCUGUCCCACAGUCUCAGCGACAUCUAGUUCCUAAUUCCUCAAAAUACGUACUGGCUUAUUAUUAUUUAUAUUGUUAUUAUAGUAGUAUGUUUGUUGUUUCUUUGAGACAGGGUCUCAUAGUGCAAUCUAGGCAAGAGUGACUUUGAACUCUUGGCCCUCCUCUUGUCUGUUCCGGAUGUGGUGGGAUUGCACCACAUAGGGAUCUUAUUUACUGCCCUAAAGUUCUCCGGAAGAUGGUGGCAAAUGAGGAUUUAUUUAAGAACACAGAACAUGAAACAGUGUCCUUUAGAGUUUUCCAUCCCUCUGGGGGAAGUUCUGCACUUUGGCGUCUGCAUCUACAUUUCUUUCGUCUGGUCCCUUCUUCAUUUACUUCCGCCUUUCUAUGUGGGUAGUGAGCAAUGCCAGUUAAAAGGGGAAGGCAAGGAAGUCAAUUGUGUUACCUAGAUGAUAAUUCUCCCCCAUUUGCUUCCUUCAUCUUUCCUAGUUUAUGGACUGCUGUUAUUAAACGUUAAUUUUGACAAUUCUAAUCUCGGUUGGUUAUACUUCCACAGUUUUGCACAGGGAAGAAGAGUGUGGUCGAUACUGUAACUUAAAGGGAACAAGAUAAUAAGGACAACCAUCCGUGAUUUAGAAUUGUUUUCUACGUUUCAGCAUCUGAACAAAGUAGCUAUUUAAGAACAGAACAGAACUCAGCGUUUUGCCUUGUUAUCUCUAUAGGGGUUCACAUUAUAUGGCAAAAAUAUCUAAAGUGGCACUUAAAUAUUGAAAAAGAUAUUGGAUUUAAAAACUUGAGCACAUACUGUAGAUACAUAAAAUUAUCAUCUUUCCUCACCCCAUCCCCCAUCAAUUGCAUUCUCCGUCGGUCACACGGAAUAUGUCUGUGGCCUGCCUGCACUGAAUCAUUUCAGAGCGGAAAAGCAUCUUCAGAGGAAAACCAAUGUAGGGACAUGCUUCUUCGUGCACCAUAGUAUGUCUGUUUGUUAUAAUAUGCAAAUCCUGAGUCCCCAGCGUCAAAAAUCACAGAUUCCGUGCAGAAUUUCUUUCCCCUUUCUAGCUUUCUUUUCCUCUAUGUGUUUGUGCAACUUAAAAGUUAUGACCAUUAACAGGCAUGUUUACGACAGCCUGCUUUUAAACUUUCAGGUUUCCUUUGUUUUUUCUGUUGUGCUAAAAAAAUGUAUUCCUAGUUAUUUCUCCCUCUUUGUGAUAGUAAUGGCUGUCUAGAAAUAUGAGCUUGAGAAUUGAGUUCAUCCAAGAAGCCAAGAAGAACAAAAACCACACACACACUUUGCAUUUGCAAGCACCUGGAAUCCAUUGGGUUCCUGGAGUUGUAAUUUGGAAGCAGACAAAGCAAAGAAUUACCAGCUGAAAAGCUGGCGCUGUGAGUGAGAACAGCCCGAGGAGGCGCCAGAGUCUGGUUUGUGUGGGGACUUUGAGGCAGGGAAACAGAACCCAAGGCGCACUGCCAGCUUGGAAACUAGUGACACUAGAAUGCUGGCUGCUGUGUGUCUCCUCUGCUGGCUUGGUUGCCAUCAUAUUUUGUUUUGGUGCUGGGACUGAACCUCAGAGUUAUAGGCAUCCUAAACUCACACUGGGCCAAUGAGCCCCGCCCCUCGACCCAGCUCCGGAGUCCUGAACCAGCCCCAGGAUGAGCCUGCUCCUCUAUAUAUAAUGCAUUUUGAGUUGUUCUUUCUUAAUAGGUGUCCUUGUGAGUGUUAGAUGGGUUGGGAGCCGCUGGGAGUGGUAUCUCGCCUGAGAAACUUGCUCUUACAGGCUAUUAAGGACAAUUCUGAGAUGGGUUUAUUAUAGUAUUCGGUAUAUUAAAAAUAAAAAUCUCUUGGCUUUCAGGACUGUGAAAGGAAAGAGUGACAGGAAACUCAAGUGCAGAGUUCUGUGUGUUUAAUAUUCCUGCAUUUGGGAUAGGAUAUUUAGGUAGCACCGAGUUGCAUAUAUUGCAUAGGAUCCAGUAGCCAUAUUUGUGUUAAAAAAGAGAAUACCUUUUGAGAUUUUUCUUAUCAACAAUGCCCUAUCCAUCUUUGAGCAUUAAUACCUAAAUAGGAAGGUUCAUUCUUAGGUAAAAUUGAUUUUGCGAGGAGAGCCUGUAUUUAUUUUAGCAUUUCUUUGGUCUGAUAUCUAGGGGUAUAGUAGCAUUCAUGGGCUUUGCCCCACAUGGAGCUUCGAGCUUAUUGUAGCAUUGCACACUGAUCCCAGGUCAGUGUGAUGCGUGAAAUCAAUUUAUUUGAAUCUCUUUGCCUCUAUAGGAAUUUGGCAGAGUGCCAGUUGUUUUCAUUUAAUGUUCUUUGUGUUGAACACAGACAAGCAGGCUUGCUAUUGUGUUCUUCCUUCUUUUGGUCUCUGUCUCUUACAGCCAAUAUUUUGCUCUGUGGAUUUUGAAAGGAAGGGAGACUUUAUCGAGGGUGGGUGGUGCUUGAUAUGCAAAAACAAACAGUGUGACUUUCUUAUCUUUUAGGAGAUAUUCUUUUCACCUUCAUGACACGAGGUGUUGAUAUUAUACAUAAAAAAUACUUAAGAAUUUUGUUUAGAUAAGAUUCUUGGUGAAAUCAAACAGACUAUAGGUGAUUCCUUGUAUUAAUGACAGUUACUUGAAACAAUUGUAGGAAUUACAAUAAAUACUUAAUUUGUGAACUAAACCAUUUUUAGGAGCAUUUACUCAAUGGGAAAACUUACCCUUUAAUCAAGCACACAUUAAAAGUAAUGCUUUAUCUUUGACCCAUUUUGAUUAAGACACUGCUGUAUAUGACCUGAGUUUGUUAUAUAUAAUGCUCUAAUAAAUUCCUGUGAUUUGGGUAAUUUCUUUUUAAAAUGUGCAGGGUUAAUUCCUGGGAGUGGCAAAGGGCCUUUUUUUCUUUUUUUUUUGCUGUUGUGUGAUAAAUUCAGAUCCAUGCUCCAUUCGUGGUUGUUUUUGUAGGCAGCAGGAAUUGUUUCUGGGUUAGAUCUUGGAAGAGACAGAGAAAGGAAAUAAAUGCCAGAGAGUGAGAGGAGACUGUUCUAUUGAUGCUCCAGGCAGUUCUUACGGAAGUUGAUAUGCAGAACCAUGGAGCCAAGACUUCAGGGUCAGGCUUCUACCCGGCAGCAUAGCUUCCUUGUUUAAUUACCUGAAGAGCAAAACAGUCAGCCUGGGAAUGUGUGAAACCCCAGGAUCUCCUGCAGCCUCCUGGCCCUCUGACAUCCUUCAAGGCCAGUCCCAUGGGUCUGGCUGGUUCACGCCUGGGUUCCUCUCUCUCAGGAGGCAUUGUGUGCAAGAGGGUUUGGCUGUGAAGCUGAGAUCUCUGCCAGUGCCUAGACUCCUGUUCAUUCCUUCUGGUCUGUAUUGACAGAUAGAUUUGGCUUUCCUCUUUCUUCAACGAAUUUAAACAUGUGGCUCUUUCAUUUUGAACCUCUGGCCUUGCUAUGAAACAAUCCCUGUCCCUCCAACACAUUAGCUAAUGGAAGAGUGGCCUUAGUUUCCUGAGAACUCAUUUUUCAGCAUUGUGUGAUCACAUCCUGUGUGUUGCUAUUAUGGGGUCAGACUCACUCAUAAUAAUUUAGUGUGCAACUAACAGUUCUGAGAUGGUUUAUUUAUUCAUACAUGAAAACAGAAUAUCCUGUUUUUAAAAGAAAAGUUAUAGGAUUUUCGAGAUGGGGUCUCCCUCUUUUUUCCUUGGAAUCUGAAUAUAGUGUUAACAUUUGCAGCAGGAAGGGGCACACAUGCUUUGAUGGAGCAGGAGGUGAUGAGAAAUAAUAUUGGUUAGCAAUAUGUCUAGCUUUGGGGGCGUUGCAUAGGGAAAGUAUUCUAAGACUUGCUUGGCGAGAGAGCCAUUUGGGAGACCUCCUGGCUAUAACAAGAUGCUACCUUCCCCAGAGGAAGUCUGACAGCUUCUUUAUCUGUCCUGCUGACUGAAGUGUCCUCCCUGUGGGUGGGGAGCAGGGAUGCUGCUAGUUUUUCCGUCAAACAUCAGUGGAAAGUGUGACUUCAUGUCUAGUAAUUUGGUUUGUCCAACUACUUCCGUAGGCUUCUGUCUUGCAGUCUGAAGGACAUUUGUCCUUUACUGGAACGUGUUUGCCUACAUAAAGUACAAAUAAGAGUUGUGGGCAUGUAAAAAGAGUGUUUUUUUCCGCAUAUAUUUUGUAUUUUCAUUUAUUUAUUCACUUUACAUCUCAAUGCCCAUCCCGCUCUCCUCCCAUCCCCCUUCCCUCAGUUCUUCCUUUACCCCUUCCACUUUCCCUCUGAGAAGGGGAAGCCCCCCCCCCCCCUUGGGUAUCACCCACCCUGGCACAUCAAGUUUCUGUAGGACUAGGUGCAUCCUCUCCCAAGUGUUCUUUUGGUGAAUUCACAAACAUAACUCCACUCCUGGCAAUGAGUUCUCUACACUGCUUUUCCCAAAGUGAUAAACAUGUUGGACUUUGUAGAGAAGUUUCAUGGGAAUUAUUAGAAAAGCAGCUUUGUAUUCAUAUAAUAUUUAUGGAAAUAAUAUGUGUUUGAAUAUUUGUAUACUGCGCCAUGGGCAAGUGUAUAAUCAUUUAACUAGCUGGUCUAGCCUGGUGUACCUGGCGACUGACCUGGCCUGGUGGUCUGUUGCUCACAGGCAUUAAGCACCUGUGCCUGGUGCACCCUCUCUGCAGGUUUGCUCCUGUCUAUUUAUGUAGCAUCCUCCUGCCUUUCCUUCAGAGUUUUUCUUCACCAUCAAUAUGCACGUGGAGAAAGUAGUAUAAAAAUAUACUUUUAGCCACUGUCAGUGUUCAUAACUCACUCUCUACAAACAGACUCUUCACUAAAGCCCCACCCUGCCUCCUGAGCUCCCCAAGUUUUGCUAGGUUUUAUCACCCGACCCACCCCCGACCCCCCCAUAGUUUUUCAGAAUGCAGGUGAGAACAGCCCAGUGCUAUUAUCAGCAGGGCACUGAGUUCACUAAGAGAGGACUGAGAAAGACUGAAAGACAAAUGGCUAGUUGUGGUUUUCAGGUGAGCUUGCUCUGUUAAUCUGGGCUGAAAUGGACAGGAACAGGUGGUGUGGCGGAGGAGAGGAUGGGUAGGGGUUGCUCUGGCCAAGAGCAGGUUGCCAGCUGGGCCAGUGAUCUAGUUCUGUUGUCAGUGUACCCACAGCAGUGGAAAAGGGACCUUUUCACAUAAAAGGCAAUCUUGACAAACUUUCUGAAAACGUUAAUGAGGUAUAAAUGAAUAAUCUUAGUAAGUUGAAGUGCUGAAUUUGCUAAGCGAACUGAGCUGAGGUUCAAAGAUUUGAAGCGCUACUGUAUUUUCUAUAUUCCAAUAUACAGCAGUGUGGUGGGGCGGAUGGGUGCGAACGCCGCUGGAGUCAUUUUGUCUUGGUGCUGUAGCAGAUGUGCUAUACUGGGACCUCUGGACAGAGAAAGCACAGUUAGGGAUGGAAUUUGGUAAUAAAACUCAUUCUAGCUAAAAGUGGGUUUUUCUUUUUAAAGUUUGAAUCUACAUACAAAUGUAACAAAUUAGUGUAUGUGUAUAGAUUUGAAGAAUUUGCAAUAUGGAGAAAAGGUGAUGGGAGUUUGUUAGAGAUUAAAAAGUGCUGAGGAAAAAAAUAUGAUCAGAAAAAAAAAAUGUGGGCUCUUGUAUUGCUGUGUCCUUGCUCCACCUGGUGGAUUUUGCUGAAAGUGUUUAAGUCUGUGUUAAUGAAAAGAAUUAACCACUACACAGUUCCUCUGAGCAUAGCAAGAGUCUUGUUGGUGUUUAAAAUAUUCCUAUGUUUAUGGUUUUUGUUCUGUAAUUUCAUUGCAUUGAAAGAAAUGUAUAUUAUAUAGAAUCCAUGUGGUUCAAACAUAUGUAUGUUCGUUUUCGGAAAUUUGGAAUAUUCCGAAAGUAACCCUCACAUGAAAUCCCCCUGCAUAGGGCCAUCAUUACCAGUUCCACACUUAGUAUUACUUAUUCUGGAGCCCCAGCUGGUUCCGAUCUUGCUCUGUAAAUUAGCCUGGAUUUGAACUUGUUCCACUCCUCUAAGCCUCUACUAUUGGAUUGGUUUUAAGGAUAGAUGUUAUCAGAAGAGAACCAGCUUGCAUUUUCGCUGAUUUAAAAAUACGUUGAAUGUUUACUACUAAGUCAAAGAAUGAUGACAGGCAUCGGGCUGAUUAUAAUCAUUUUUGCAGAACUGCUUCUCAGGCUCAAAGGUGGUGGUGUGUCAGUGUUUAGCAGAAAGGUUUUUUUCUCAUUGAGCUUCAUGUCCAAGACACAAAGGUAGAGACUAACGGUGCCUUAUGCAUUCAUGGGGUUGGUAAUAUCUGUUGUUUGCUGGCCUUGUACAGACUGCUUUCUCUGGCAAUCUUAAGAAUUCAGUUGUGCUUUGAUCAGCUUACUGCUUUCCUUAGGUUAUUAUUAUUUUUUUAAUCCCUUAGAUUCUUACAUCGCUGUAACAGAAGGUGAAGUUUUGAAAACAGUGUCUCCAUAUGCAAGGGAUUUGGAGACCUUUUUAUUGUCUUUAACACUGUCAUUCAUGGUCCUCAUUAGCAUUUAUUGUUGCAAGCCUACAAGCAGAAAAUGUGAAAUUGGUAUGUCAUGAAUAGCCCCACAGAGCUCUGGAGCCCUCUGAUUUUGCCUGCAGUGUGGUGUGGGCUGGGCUUUGAGGGAAAGCUGUCCAGAUGGCUGCCUGCACACAGCAGAGCUGCAGGUUUUUGUCUCUGGUGCUGAGAGGAGGGGAAGUUCACUGGAGCAUACGCCAUCACCCUUGCAUUUUAACAAAACUAACUAGCCAUUAGUCAAGAUGGGAGGGUGAUGACAUCGAGACAAAGGUUUUCCAUAUAGUGUUACAAGCUGUGUCACAGGAUAGGGCUGAGCUGCUAGGUACCUUCUCUUUUAACCCAGUGGGUUUUGUGGUUGGAAAACGAGAUGGAAAUGGUAACUUCUUUGCAAAUUGGUGUGCAGGUGGGUCUUUUACAGAUCUCUUUUUUAAAUUUGUUUAAAUUGGAAGAUGAUAUUUUAUGCUAAAAGAGUCUAUAAAGCUAGGAUUCCUCACUAGGGCUAAGAACCUAAGUGUUGUUUUAUUUAAAAGCUGAAAAGAAAGAAUUUAGACCAUUUUUCCUGCAGAGAAAUCUACUUUUAAGAACAUUAGUACAUUUAAGUCUCAUUUACAUAAAAUAAUGUUCAACCAAUGUGUGUUAAAAACAGUUUUCAGAUUUUAGAAUUUCUUAAAUGUUAGGUCUGAGAGUCAAAAGUUGUCAAUUAUAAAAGAUAUACAAUAAUAAAUAUACUGUGCUAGUAUAAGAUCAUGGCCACUAUUAUAAACAAAUAAUAAUUACAGAUACAGGUUCUAUUUUCUGUUAGCAAGUGAUAUUUUUGAGAUUUCAUUUUGCACAAAUACUAGUAAACCUACACAGUGUGCACAUAAUAACAGACAUAUUUGCUUUCAUAUGCGGAGUGUGUAUAUAUUUGAGGUUUUCUUCUUUUUUUCUCUUUCUCUUUCCUUCUGUUUCUCUCUCUGUGUCUCCCUCUCUGUCUCUGUUUCUGUCUCUCUCUUUUUGUCUCCCAUUCAUAAAGUCUUACUGUGCAGUUCUGACUGGCCUGAAACUUGCUAUGUAGACCAGGCUGGUUUCAAAAAUUCAGAGAUUCACAUGACUCUGUCUCCUGAGUAUUGGUAUUAAACAUAGGCAUCACCCUACCCACUGGAUAACAUAUGUUGACCAGAAUUCAAAAUAAAAUACAUUGCUACAUUGCUUCAAAAACUGCCAAAAUGAUUGUCAGUGCAUAUGUAUGUAUGUAUGUAUGUAUGUAUAUAUAUGGAGGAAAAUGCCACAGAGAUUGGCUUAUUAAGAAGACAUUAUUUUUUUGAGGCUGGAAGUUUCACACUAGUUUUAGAGCUCAGUAUUAACCCACAUAAGCUAACAGAGAUAAAAAAGAAAAAGUCAAACUGAGUUUGUCAUAAGACAAAGAUGAACUGUAGAGCUGUGUUAUAGCCAUCUAGCUCCCUGCCUUCCCCUGGCCCAAUAGAGUAGGAUUUCUCCAAGGACCACAUAGCAUGGUCUCCCCAGGAUGGAGGGGGCUUGUCCAUCUAGUUGCAAGUGAUCCAAGCAAAACAGCCUUUCUGCCUCUAUAACGUCUGUCUAAUCACCUACUAAGUCAACCUUCUCUCAGGUAUGUUUCCUUUUAAUCCCUUACAUCUUAGUGCUUAGCACUUAGGCCCUCUAGGACAACCCCAAGGAGUCUUUGACCCCCUGAUGUUUACACACCCUUCAGAUUCUUACGGUGACAGACAAAACACUCUUCCUUUGUCACUUAGGCAAAGUUCUUGGGGUCUCUCUGUGCAUCAGCUGACAGUCGAGGAGGUGCAGGUGUUUGCCAAUCACUUCCCCCAAACAAGGUAGCAGAAAUUGUCUGACUGUGUCCAGCUCUUUACAGCAGGCAUUUAUAGAAGAGAUGGCGGCUGGCCUCUCAGCACGGUGGACCUCUCAGGGAGCUUUAUAACCUAUUUCCUACCCCACUCAUUUCUUUGUGGUUGGCACUGUCUUACCUUGGAGCCUAAACCAUACGCUGUUUGUUUUUCCUGCCGACAAAGUAUAAUUGGAUUUAUCUUUGUCAGGAGACAAUCUAUUACGGCCUUUAUUUAAUACAGUUUCAAAUGUCUUUCAGUGGCAGAAGCAAAUUAAUGUACAUUUUCACUGGGUGUUAUAUCUAUUUAAUCGACUGUCAAAGUGAUGAGAAGUUAGGAACUCAUCCAGAGAGGUCCAUCGCCCUCAGCCCAACAGCUCACACAUUAGGUAGGUUUGCCCUGUCAGUGGGAUGCCUUUAGAAAACACUAAUAGCUUCCAGCUGGGUGGAAAAUCAAAACCUUUGGGGUCUGACAAAACUAGGAGAUUUGAAUUUGAAAGCAGAGCUAAUGCCUCCAUUUUAUUUUUUACCACUCGCCCAUAAAACAUUAUUUUCCAAUAUGUCAGCCUCAUUUGGUGGCCAGUGGUCUGAAAUGGAAAGUGGAACAAGCAAGCGGAGAAAUCUGGACAUUUGUGAACCCACCCUUUCAAGCUGGUGUGCCACUUUGUGGCAGGGUCUCCCUUUAGAGCAGGGGGCUCUUAAUGACCAUUCAUCAAUGCUCGUUGGCUGAUCAUUGAGUGCCUUCUCAUUCAGUUUAUCAAGUCUUGCACAUAAAAAGUCAGAAUCCACCUUAUUCAGUGCUGUUAAAGCCAACUAGAAGUAAAACGGCAGUCCGAACCCAUUCUCCCCUUGUUUUUCUCUUUGUUAAUGCAGCCCAGCUUAAAUGAGUGUCUUUAUUGGGUCGGUUAGAAUAUCUGAAACUAUUAAUUCUCCUGUAUUGAAUAGCUGGUGGCAGGCCAGAGCAGAUGGGGUAGGCGAGUAUUUGGUUGGGUGUAUUGCUUUCAAUCAGGAUCAAUGAGGUUCCAGAUCCUUUGAAUGAACUCACUUAGUCCCCACGGCGUGCAGCCCUUGCAGACUAUCACACAACAGCCAGCAAGAGGUUGCAGAGGGAGAUGGGGACGAAACCCUGGAAAAGCUUUUGCUCAAACUCUCUCUCCUCCAGGGUGGAGAUCUCUCAUUUGCUGCAGAUAGUGUCACUGGAUGGCUGGUCUCUGUGGCUGAGUCAGAUAUGAACAAAGGAGAGAUGUGUGUAGUGUGGUGCUGUUCUACUGUGGAAUUGGCACAGAACUGCUGUGCUUUGAUGAAGAAGAACCCAGAGUUAUCGCCCCAAACCUACUGAUUUUUUUUAAUGCGUCUAACAUUUCAUUAUUGGCUAAAUUCGUUGAUUUGCAAAGUAAUGAUUUAGACAAAUGUCUUUCUAAAACUGCCCUUUAAAAAGUAGACUUUCCACUAAGUUAAAAGUCAGGUAUUGCUGCACCUUUUUAGAAAAAGCACUUCAGUGGUCAUUAAAGUGUUCUGGGUUGUUCUGAAUGUAUUUUAAUUUUAUAAAGUCUGUAUUGAUGGGGACACAGGGCAGGGCUCUGUACUGGAGCAAACUUUCCUAGUACACACUCCGUUUCUCGUUGUUUGCCUAUGUAACUGCAUUAAUCAUGCUAUUGAUUGUCUAUUUUUAUUAUACAGUUUGGAUGUUAGAGAUCUUGGCUCUUUGUACUCAUUUUAUUAAAGGGAAAGUUAUUUCUGCCUAAGUAACUGUAUCUAUACAUGUCCAGGUUUCCCAGUUCAGGGAGAGAUGCCAAAUGGGGCUGCAGCUUUGCCUGUCUCUAGGUGAAAGCAAGGGACAGACUCCUUGAGAAAACGCUGAACCAGCCUCAGAUGCAUGCUCAGCCAGGCCCUUUUUGCAAUCAGACUUGAAGGUGAGAAUCUCCGGGGAUCCAGGUUUUGUUGACGUGGAUCAAUUUAAAGUGGCAAUUACUGUAGUCAGAUAACAGCUUAAAAAGCCUUUUUACACAUAGAAAAGAUACAUAAUCACACAGCAUAUGGAAGUUCAAUUUUCUGAGCUGUAGUUUCAGGCCUUGGAGUGUACCGAUAUUAAGACCCAGUUUUGAAACCAGAUAUCAUCCAGUUUUCUUGACGUGUAUUGCAUUUUGUCAUAUGACUUUCUAUUUUAGAAGUGAUUCACCGUGCAUAUUGAUGAAAGGUUGGGUGCCCCACUGUGAAAAUGUUUUCUUUCUUCCAUAGGUAUAGUAUUAAAGAAAAAAAAAAUUGGUGUGUAGCAUUGAAUGGCUUUUCAAAACUACUCCUUAAAAAAAUGGAAGUCUUCAGAUUUAGGAUUCUGGAUUCCAUAAAGGCCCUUAUGCCAGCACUUAAUUGGUGAUCACACUCAUGCAUGCUAUAACAAUUUCUGUCACAAGAAUGUUUGAGCUUGCUGCUUAACAGAACUGAAAUCCAUUACACAGAACCUCAUUACAAGUGACACCCAACUAAGAUGAACAAAAAGAUUGCCCUCAUAAAUAGAGUGUAGUAUACUAUUCUUGACAGAACAGAGUAAUCACUAUGAAUUGUCGUCUUUUUACAAGUUGUCUCUGACAGAGAUGGAUUUUUGAGGGGUUCACUGGCUGAAGCAGCCCUUCUCAGGUUCAGCGUUCAGGGGCUGUAGAAGUUCUUACUGAUCGAUGCUGUUUAUCAAAGAUGAUAUAUUUUUCGUUUGUGCAAGGUGUGUGUUGUGUGCAUGUGCUCUGAAGCCCUCUCAGGCGAAGGGACAGGGAGGCAGUGGGUAGAGGUCAAAAUCACUGCCUGUUUUCAGAUGGGGUCUGUUAGUAGUUCUUGAAGGCAGCAAGGAGGGGAGAAAAAUCAACCUGAUGAAAGCUUAUGGAAAAUGUCGAAUAAGCAAAGGACACAUGGACCACUGCCAGAAUAGCAAGAGUUAAAGGGGCCGGUCCCUCUUCAUGGUCACUGAGCUGGCUGGCUGGUCAGUCCUGAGUAGAAUUGUUUAGUAGAAUUGUGUGUGUCUAGUGGAUUGGCUGUACACUGGAAAGGUAGAGAGCCCAAGGGCUUGACCACCAUGUGAGCCCUGUUGUUAAAACAAACAAUCAAACACAGACCCAGAGAAGAGUUCCCAAGUGUUAAAUUGUGAAGAAGAGUUUUAGAAGAGAAUAAUGUUUUCCUUCUGCCUGGCAUCUUUGUGUGUUUAGAAACAGGCGGGCAAGGCAGGCAGGCAGGCAGGCUUGUGUUUCUCCUAUGAGGCAAGGAUGUUUUACAAAGGACUGAAGACACACUGCUGGGAAGGAAAUAGGCAGCUUUAGAUAAAGCACUGUAACAAAGGCUCCCAGUUUUAUAUAUCAUGGUGUCCAUUAAAGCUUAAUAGGGAAGAGUCCAUUGAACCAGGCUGGGUAUGUGUUAUUCACAGUCAGGAGAAACAUUUAAGGGUGUCUCCCCCCCCAGCCCCCCUUGCACCCCCCCCCCCAGCACCCCUUCCCAAAAAGGCAUGAUUGUUUAGCUUUUGAAAAGGCAUUACAAUGAAGAGUUUGUUUUUGUCUCCUGUGGAUCUCUAUGUAAAGUAGAGGAAAGUAAGCUGAAAGUGUUUGGAGCAAAUCAACCUGGGAGCCCAGUGGAUUGAAAGCACUGUAGUGAACUAAAAACGGUUAGAUUCUGCCUCAGAAAAAAAGUGUUCUGUUUGACCCACGCUACUGGGAAGCUGGAAGUGUUCUGCUCAUACUUUGUGCUGGGCGAUGAACUGGCACAGCCCGGUCUUACAAGAGGUUUUUAGGUUGUUUGGGGUUUCCAGAUCAAUAAAAAAAGCUUUGUGGUCUGUGCCCUUGUUUGUUUUAAACCAAACUUCCCAGUAAUGCCUGUUAAAAUUAGAAGAUGAAGGACAGCUUUCAGUGUGAGUUGGGGUCAGGUCAACAUUGCCAUCUUUUGGCAAAAUAAGGGUUAACUUGGAGCUGGGAAGGGGUGGUGAUAGUGAAUGAAUUAUUCAGCAUUUAGCUUAUCUUUCUGCAUUUCACUUUCUGCUUUUUGGUGCUCUGGAACUGGGGCAGGAGGAAGAGUGGAGAAAGGGAGACAGGAGUUGUGAUACUUUGUACACACGUCCCUGUCAUUGUUCUGCCUGAAGAGACAGGGCUGGGUUCAAGGCCACAUGUGUUCCUGUCAUCCUGCACAUUUCUGCUCCAAGUGCAAUCCGGAGUGUCAGCUCUCCAUCUGUCUCUGCCUGGCAGGCGCACGCGCCCAGCACCCUGCCUCGGGCCAUGCCGCCCCAGCCCCUCUGAUGGCCCUCCUCUCCACCGCCCCGCACAUUCCAGAACAGGAGGCAUGAGCCCGCAUCGCGCUCCCUCUUAACACAGAGUUGCUUUCAGUGUGUUACACGCUGGAUUCCGGGAUGCCUGAGACAGACCGACUUUGUGAGUCCUGGGUGUUGAAGGAGGGAAAUAACCUGUUCCUGGUGGCAUUCCCAGAUCGUACCGAGAAGCACUCCACAAUGCCAGACUCACCUGUGGAUGUGAAGACGCAGUCUAGGCUGACUCCCCCAGCAAUGCCACCUCCUCCAACCACUCAAGGAGCUCCAAGAACCAGCUCAUUUACGCCAACGACAUUAACGAAUGGCACCAGCCAUUCACCCACGGCCUUGAAUGGCGCUCCCUCACCGCCUAAUGGCUUUAGCAACGGGCCUUCUUCUUCCUCUUCCUCUUCUCUGGCUAAUCAGCAGCUGCCCCCAGCCUGUGGUGCUAGGCAACUCAGCAAGCUGAAACGAUUUCUUACUACCCUGCAGCAGUUUGGCAAUGACAUUUCACCAGAGAUUGGAGAAAGAGUUCGCACCCUUGUACUGGGACUGGUGAACUCUACUUUGACAAUUGAAGAAUUUCAUUCCAAACUGCAAGAAGCUACUAACUUCCCACUGAGACCUUUUGUCAUCCCGUUUUUGAAGGCCAACCUGCCCCUGCUCCAGCGUGAACUCCUCCACUGCGCAAGGCUAGCCAAACAGAACCCUGCCCAGUACCUCGCUCAGCACGAACAGCUGCUUCUGGAUGCCAGCACCACCUCCCCUGUCGACUCCUCAGAGCUGCUUCUCGACGUGAACGAAAACGGGAAGAGGCGAACUCCAGACAGAACCAAAGAAAAUGGCUUUGACAGAGAGCCUUUGCACUCAGAACAUCCAAGCAAGCGACCAUGCACUAUUAGCCCAGGCCAGCGGUACAGUCCAAAUAAUGGCUUAUCCUACCAGCCAAAUGGCCUGCCUCACCCCACCCCACCUCCACCUCAGCAUUACCGAUUGGAUGAUAUGGCCAUUGCCCACCACUACAGGGACUCCUAUCGACACCCCAGCCACAGGGACCUCAGGGACAGAAAUAGACCUAUGGGGUUACAUGGCACACGUCAAGAAGAAAUGAUUGACCACAGACUAACAGACAGAGAAUGGGCAGAAGAGUGGAAACAUCUCGAUCAUCUGUUAAACUGCAUCAUGGACAUGGUGGAGAAGACAAGACGAUCCCUCACUGUACUAAGACGAUGUCAGGAAGCGGACCGGGAAGAACUGAAUUACUGGAUACGGCGGUACAGUGAUGCUGAGGACUUAAAAAAGGGUGGCAGCAGUAGCAGCAGCCACUCCAGGCAGCAGAGUCCUGUCAAUCCAGACCCAGUCGCAUUAGAUGCACAUCGGGAAUUCCUUCACAGGCCUGCGUCUGGAUACGUGCCAGAGGAGAUCUGGAAGAAAGCUGAGGAAGCUGUGAAUGAGGUGAAGCGACAGGCAAUGACGGAGCUGCAAAAAGCCGUGUCUGAGGCAGAGAGGAAAGCCCAUGACAUGAUCACCACGGAGCGAGCCAAGAUGGAACGCACGGUGGCUGAAGCGAAGAGGCAGGCAGCAGAAGAUGCUCUAGCAGUCAUCAACCAGCAGGAAGACUCCAGUGAGAGUUGCUGGAACUGUGGCCGGAAAGCAAGUGAGACGUGCAGCGGCUGUAACACGGCCCGAUACUGUGGCUCUUUUUGCCAGCAUAAAGACUGGGAGAAGCAUCACCACAUCUGUGGACAGACCCUGCAGGCCCCACAGCAGGGAGACACGCCCGCUGUCAGCUCCUCAGUCACACCCAGCAGUGGGGCUGGGAGCCCAAUGGACACACCACCAGCAGCCACUCCGAGGUCUACCACCCCGGGAACCCCCUCUACCAUAGAGACGACGCCUCGCUAGACCUAAACUCAGACUGUCAGAGGAAAGACACCACAACCAACACGAAAGCAAUUCCUCAUCCUCAGAUGCUCAAAGUCCCUUUUCUGUUUGUUUGUUUAUAGAUGAACUAUCUAUCUUAUUUCAGUACUUCGGCAAGAGAGAACCUAACUGUAUCUUUGAGGCGAUAGUAGAACACAGAGGCCAGUAACGGGUCGUAAUGACUUACUGUGGAUAACAAAGAUAUCUUUUCUUUAGAGAACUGAAAAGAGAGGAAAGAAUAUAACGUGAAAUGCUAGAUUUGACCUCCUCCCUGUUAUUUCCAAGUAGCUGGGAUUUUAAACUAGAUGACCUCAUUAACCAGUGCUUUACCAAACAGCAAACCAAGAGAUUGCUAAUUGCUGUUGAAAGCAAAAAUGCUAAUAUUAAAAGUCACAGUGUUCUUUAUAUACAAUAAUGGAAAAAAAAAAAAGAGGCAAUUCCUCAAGGGCAUGAGCGGUGGAUACAGAAGUAGACAUUUUAACAAGAAGAUGAAUGGCGUCUGUGGGUUGCUAACUGAACUUUGAAGACCCGCUGCAAAACGCGCAGAUGUGCAGCAGAUUGGAAGGAGACACAGAUGGUCCUUUUUUUCCUGUUUCUGAAAAAGAAAUAAUAAUAUCCAGGUCAACAGAAUGAAAAAUGAAAGAUGAUUUCCAGUGCGGUGUAUGACUACAGCAGCAAGAAAAAAAAAUGCCAUAAUACAAAGGCUCCUUUUUAUAUAUAUAGUCACACACACACACACACACACACACACACACACACACACACACUUAAGAGACUCAGCCUGCAGUUAAUUAGCAUUCUGGCAGCUUCCAAGUCAGCCAGCUGCCCUAAAUAACCCUUCAACAUUUCUUCACUUUUGCAAGGUUCCACAGACUAAGACAUUGGGUCUAUUCCAGCUCAUUCAUUUUAUAUUGAAAACUAAUUUAAAAAAAAAUGGUGGCUUCAGCUCCAGCCCCUUUCCAAAAUUUUUCAACCCCACCCUGUUUGGAUUUUUAAUUAAAAUCUAGUAGUUCUCUUGGUAUUAAAACACUUCUGUCCUGUGAGGUUUUCCCAAUGGUGUUUUUCUUGUAAAUGUGUUGGACAAAUGUGAAGAUGCGUUGUAGUUUACCCAUAUGCCCACAUUUAGUCUCUUUAUUCCUAGUUGGUGAGAAACCUGUAUCUUUCUAUGCUGCUUUUAUAUCUGUAUGUAUUAGUGAUAUUUCUCUAGUAGUUAAAAAAAAAAAAAAAGAAAAAAAAAACUUUUUUGGUUGUCCUCAAGAAAAGAAAAGAAGAAAAGAAAAGAAAAGAAAAAGCUAUCUUUUGGAGCUGCUAACUCACUCUCUUAUAGGAUUUUUUUUCCUGGAAACCAGCAUGCUUCAUGGAAUGCUAGCACAUGGAUGUUUUAAGAGGGAUGUACAUAAAUGUAUUUUGCACUGUCACAAUGACUCCCUAGGCAUGCUUUCUUUUUUUCAAACCAACUUUUUAAAUAUGCUAGAGCCAUUUCACCAAUUUUAGCUGUAGCAUAGAGUAGUAGUGGAAUUUUUCUUUCUUUUAUCCUUUUUUUAUGAAAAGAAAUUAUUAGGGACUUUUUUAAAAAAAAUAAAAUAAGAUAUCCUACUUUAAAAAAAAAAAGGACAGUGCAUGCAUAUUGCUGUAAGGUUGUUUAAGUAUUUCUAAUUUUACAAAAAAAAAAUGAAAAAAAUCAUUAGAGCUCCAAAUGCUGAGGUGUAGACGAACAGCUUUAACCCUGCUGAGUGCCAGGUAAUACAGUGUUCUUACAAAAGGGAAAUCAGCCAAAGACUGAUCUGAGGGACCAAAAUCGGAACUUUGAAAAGCACCAGUGGUACUUUCCAAAUGAUCAGCAGGUUGAACAUGUUCAGUGUGAAUCCAUUAACCCUUCGUUGUCCAGGGUCCAGACCAGAACUACUGGUUAGUUUUGAAACACAUUAGCCCAGGAUGUGGUUGUGUGCUUUAAGAGUCGGCAGUGCUGCAGGCUGUGUAGACAACCAAAGUUGACAAGGCUGGGAAGACACUUCUCCACAUACCCAUACACCAGGCAUUUCUUUACAAAUUGAGUACAAUCCAUUAGCUUGCGGGAGGGGGAGGGGAGCGGGUAAUGUAGCCCUUGGAUACAGUUUUAAGUGGUUGUAUUUAAGUUAUCUGCAUAGAGGCAAUCCUCCUGGGUUUGCUUUAUGUCUCGAAAAUCUAAGAUUUUUCUUAAACCAUUUCCCCCAUAUUUUCAUAUACCAGUCGGUUUUGAUUUUGUUCCGGUGGUGUUGUGUUCUUUCUUUCUUUUUUUUUUUUUUUUUUUUUUCUUUUUUCUUUUCAAUGGCCUUUUAAUUUAGGAAGUUCUGAUGAGCAAAUAAAUGCAUCUAUAUCUAUCUGCAUGUUGGAAGUCCAUCUGCCAGCACACCUGCUAAAGGCAACGAGAAGCACAUAAGCAGGCUCUGAAUGGGUUCUAUCUUACCAUGGUGCUCCCAGAAUCCUUUGACCUCAUUCUGCUUUCUAGUCUGCUUGUGACACUGGACAGUCCUUUCUUAGAGCUAUUCUAUGUUCUAGGCUACGAAGGGUUAAAUAAUCCCAAAAAUGAGGUAUGUCAUACCCUCACGUCUCGAUCUCAAGAAGCUGUGAUGUACGUGGAACAGCACUGUUAUUCUGAACACUAGUGUGUAAAGUAAGGAUUAGUACAGUCCGUCUCAUUACUUUUUAAUUCAGGGCACCCUGAGUGAAAACCAAUACAAAAAAAAAAAAAAUCCCUAACUCUGAGCUCUAUCUCUAAUUCCUCUUCCUCCUUCCCCUCUUCCUCCUCCUCUUCCUCUCCUCCUGUUUUGCUACAUUCUCCUCAGUGGCAAAAAGUUUCACUCUACCUCUGACAGCAUGUAUAUUGCACCAGUAGCUAACAAAAACUGGUCUAGUCAAACCAAAUGGGCACAAAAGAACCAGGAUACCAAAAGUCAUACAGCUGCAAACCAUAUCACUUCUUGGUAACAAUGCAGACCUCAUAAACCUAAAAAAGAGAAAGAAAAGAAAACUUUUGUUACUUUCCUUUUUUGCUUGUCACUUAUAUACAGGCUAUGUGAGAGUAUUGAUUUGUAGGUAUUACACAUUAAAAAAAAAGUUAUCUUCAUUGGAUAGAAUUGAAUGGUGGUCGCUGAUAGGAAUAGGGCGUCCUCUAUCUCUUAUCUCUGUCUCUUUUCUCUUUCUCUUUCUCUGUCAUGAGACUGUGUGUGACAGGGCCACCUGUCUUUUUUAUUUUUAUUUUUCUGAACUUUUUUUUUUUUAAUGUGUAGGUGCAUGUCUUGGGGAUUUAAAAAUUUCAAGGCUGGUUUACUUAUGCAAAGCAUGCCUAUGUCUGGAAUACUUAGGGAAAGAAAGCGACUCCAUGUUGUCCGAAUUCCUCAAGGGACAGAAAAAAAAAAAUUGGAGACUGUUGAAAUGCAGAUUUGAAGUAAUUUUAUUUUAAUUAUUUUGGGUUCUGCGACAUUAUUGUGAAAAAUUAAAGUUGUUGUGCAAUACUUAAUUCAGACACGUGCCACAAGUUAACGGUAGACUAACACUGGGGGGCGGGGGCUAGGCAUCACGCUUUUGUCUGCAUACUCUUGAGCUUUUAAGUCUACUAUGUCCGAACUGUGGUUUCUUGUUUAUCCUUUUUUUUUUUUUUCCUUAGUUGGACUGUAAUGUAUGGUCUGUCAACCUGUGAAUCUUUAAAGUAUGAUUCAGGUAUUGUUGUACUCUUUACUGUGUAAUAAAAAUGCUUAAAAAAAAGUCUGUAUUCUGUCUCCCUUAUCUUUACUGUGUGCCAAGGCUACCACUCAGGGACCUUAGCCUUGAAGGGCAGUUCUUCAUGGAGCAUGCCCGGAGUCUAGUCAACUCCAGAGUAUGUCUCUAACAUGUGUUAGUUCAUCCCUGAGUGAUGAGGGAGAAUGAUAGAGCACAGAGGACAUUCCUGAGGUCAUUGUAGUCAAAUGUAGAAGGACUCUCAAAGUCCUCCAUAAGAAAGGAGAGCAUAGUCUAGGGGUCUCCUUCUCUAGAAAGGUCCAUUUACCAUCUUCUAAAGCUCUGACAUGCAGAAGGUUGCUCCCAUGCAUAGCUGCAGGAUGUACACACUAAGACACUCCAUCCGUCUUGGAUCCUCACUGCCUUUAAUCAGAUGUUGCCAGCAUGUUCACACUUGGUUUUGUACACUUGUAAUACACAGUAUGGUGUGUCCAACUUGUUUCUAAGACCCAUGUCCAUCUAACACACAUAAGUAUAUAUUUUUUCAUGCACUAGCUAUAAAGUAGCUUAGAAUUUGGAGAACCUAUUGGUCUACCCUAGGAACACAGUCAAUUUUCGAGUACUUUACACAACAUAUUUUUUUUAAAGGAAUGUAUACACUACAUUCUGGUAAAACUUCUUGUUUGCUUGAAAGAUUCCCACUAUGGCCUAAAAACUAGUUUAAAGGGAUAAAGGGAAAUGCAAGGCCUGAAUCUGAAGAGACAGAGACAUCAGAGAUGCUGAUGAGUGGGAGGGUAAUCUUCAGCUUCCUUUGUAUGCUAACUAGGCCCCUAUACCUGUCCUGAGACCUGGCUUCUUCAAGGAUAUUGAGAAAUGCAGCCUAUUUUACAGAGUGAGGAAAGGAGGGAGGGAGAGAGAGAGACAGAGAUAGAGACAGAGAGAGUUUAAAAGCCUAGAUAGUGCAUAUCUUAUCCCUACAAAAUAAACAGGCUGAAUAUUUAAUUAAGUAGUUAAUUUUUUUCCCCACUCAAAAGCCUGCCCAGCCUUUCCUUAUUUGUACAGAUACAUUUUCUUUUUCUUUUCAAAAUGGAACAGACCAGAAACCAGAAGACAUGGAGGCUAGAACGGAGUCGCCUUGAAGUAGCCCCUUUAUAAGCUGUCCUUGAAAAACAGCUCUGUGACAUAUUUGUAUGACUGGAUAUGCUGGACAAAUGCGUAAUGAGUUUAGUUAAGAUGAAGAAUGUGAGCAAAAUCAGCAGCUUCUGGGUGGUGAGCACCAUUUUUUAAAAGAAUGUUAUUGAUGUAUUUGAUAAUAUAAAAAUGAUGUUUGCCAUGAAAGAACACUAAGUUAUUUCCCCAAAAUGGAAGGGGAAGAAAUGAUCAAAGAGGUGCUUUUCUGUAUGGGUGUUUAUAUCUUUAUUCCAAGGUGAAUGAAUAAAGUUGUACUUGCCUAAA